AUGUCAUUAUUAAAUUUUGAAUCAAAAUAAAAUACUCGUGAUUACGAAAAGGAUAAAUUAGGUCCAGAUAAAACUUCUAUUAUGAUUAAUCCAAAAUAAGGAUCUAACAGUGAAAUAUAAUUUUAUUCUGAUAUAAGUGUAAUAGAUAGCAAUAGACCAGUGUAAUAAUCAUGUUUAAUAAGACCAAUAGCACAAUUAAAAAAAGAAAAUUCAGGAAAAUAAUUACGAUUUAAUGUAAUUUUUUAUAAACAAACUUAGACCUCAUAAAAAACAGUUAAAAUCGAUUAGUAAGUCGAGAAAAAAACAUCUAAUUUUGGGAAAAAUGUCCAAAAAAUUGACGAAAACAUUAAAACAAUUUAAGAGAGGUUUUGGAGCAAUUUAUAAGAUGCAGCAUAUAUUUGGAGAAAAAAUAUAUUCAAUUUUAAUAAAGAUGUAAUAAAUAGUCUAUUUUCUGAUGAUUCAAAAGAGUAAAAUAAUGGGGAAAUAAAAAAUUCUCAUUAGGGAAUUUUAAGUCUAAAAAUAGAAGUGUUAUUGCCAUAAUAAUUAUUUGUAAGAUUAUGGGAUUUAAUUGCACUAGUAAUAACAGCUAUUACUUUAUGGAUUUCUUCAUUUGUAGCUACCUUUAACUUAUUUAAUUAAGUCUAAUAUAGAAUAAUGAUAUAUUCAUUCAUAAUAUUCUUUUGGAUUGAUGCUUUUAUUAUAUGCCAUAAGGCAAUUAUCUUAUAGGGAGAGUUAGUACUAAAUAAACGAAUAAUAAUUUAGCAAUAUCUGAGAAGUCAUGUUUUUGGUGACAUCAUCAAUUGCUUAAUUUGGAUAAUUUAAUUGUCUCAUAUUGAUGAUAUUCAUGCAAGAUAGCUACUUUCUUUAAUUUAGACUGUUUUUAUAAUUAUUAGAUUAUACAGUAGAUUAAACAAUUAUAUUGAUUGUUUAUAUAUGAGUGGUAGUUUAAGUGAAUUAAUUGAUCUUAUUAUAUUGAUUAAUUGUAUAUCCUUUUGCAUUCAUAUAUUUGCAUGUUAUUGGACAUACAUAGGGUUUGCUACAGAAAACACAGGAAUGAAUUGGUUAAUCAAAAAUGAAAUUGAAAAUAAAGAAUAUUAUAUUUAAUAUAACAUAGCAAUUUAUUGGGCAACUAUGACUAUGGUAACUGUUGGUUAUGGUGAUGUUACUGCAGGAAAUUAAUAUGAAAUUCUAUAUUCAAAUUUUGCAAUGUUUAUCAGUAGCUUAAUAUUUGCAUAUUCAAUGAAUUCUAUUGGAAUUAUUAUAAAAAAUAUUUAAGUGUCUUCAAGUUUCUAUAAGUAAAAGUUUUGUUUAUUUUCAAAGGAAAAAUCUUAUCUUAAUGAAUACCUAUAUGAAGAAUAAUUUGGUUUCAGAUUCAAUUUAAAAUAGAGUGAGAAACUUUUUAAAAUAUUAAGCAGAAAAUAAUUAAUAAACAAAUGCAUAAGAUGUACGUUAAUAUCUAUAACAUAGAUUCAUAAUAUAAUUGAAGAUUUUCCUUCUUUACUUUAAGAAGAAUUAAAAUAAGACAUCAAAUUAAGAAUACUAAAAUAAAUUAAAUUGUUUGAUAUCUUUUCAGAGAAAAUUAAAUAUGCUGCUGCUAAUAAGUUAUAAUAUGGCUCAUGCAUUCCUAAUGAUGUUUUAUUCGAUAAUUAAAUUAAUAAUGAUAAUUCUUUGUAAUAUAUUUAUUUUAUAAAAAAAGAUAUUUUAUAGAAAAAGGAGAAGUAAUUAUUUAAGAAAGUAGAACUAAAAAAUAAUUAGAAACUUAUAAAUGUGGAACUUAUUUUGGUCAAUAUUAGUUUUUUACUAAUCGUUCCUCUCCAAUAAGAGCUGUCAGCUAAACUUAUACAUAAAUUUAUAAAAUAUCUAGGAAAGAUUUCUUAUAAAUAUUAAAUAGAAGUUAAAUAGAUUUUGAAACCUAUCAUAAUAUUAAAGAUCAAUUAUUAAUAAAUCAAGAUUUGAGAAUUAUUAAUUUAAAAUGUAAUAUGUGUUCUAAAUUCACACAUUUAAAUAUUUAUUGUCCAAUUAUAAGUUAUAAACCAAAUUUAGAAAGAUUAAUUAAGGCUGAAUACUUUAUUAAAUAACAAAGAAAAAAAAUUACACGUUUGGAUAGAUAAAAAAUUAAUGCAUUAAAUGAGUAUGAAAAUAUAGUUACAUCUGUAUCUAUAUAUUAGUAGUAAGAGUUUCAUUUAUAAUCUUAAAAUAAUUAUGAUAAAACAUCAUAAGAUUAAAUUGAAAGUUAACAAAAUUUAAUUAAAUAAAACUAACCAAAUUAGCCAAGUUUAUCACAUUUGAAUGUUUCAAGUGAAAAAUAAUAAUGUAUUAAAAUUAAAAUAUCUUAGAAUUUUUUCAUACUUAAUACUCAUUAGGAUCGUAGUUAUAGAAAUCAUAAUCAAAAUAAUUACAUAAUAAGAAAUCCAUAGGAUCUUAAAAUAAUGAAAAUAGAAAAUCUUCGUCCAAUAAUUUUGAUUUAGAAAAUAACGUAGUUCCUACUCAAGUUUAUAAACUUGCGACAAAAAAUGGCUUUUAAACUUCAGAUUUAAUGGAAGGUCAAUUUUAAGUUGAAAAUUGUGAUAUUGAUAUUGCUUUAAAAACAUUAAUUUAUCUACCCUAAAAUCAUAUUUCAGUUGUGAUAGCUUAAAGUAAUUAAAGAAGAAAUAAAUCCAAAUAAUCAUCCUUGAAUUAUAAAUAUACAUUAUUUUAUAAGGUCGCAAGAUUUUGUAAAUUAGAAAAACUUGUUAGCCAAAAUACCUUAAAAAAAAAAAGAUACCUAAUGAAGAAUAUUUAAAAAAAAGAACAAUAAUGA